GUUUACAAAGCAACUGCUCGUGUGUCUGAGGAGGUCUUGCGAACGGAUUUUGUUGUGUUUACUUGAGUGGUAGGCUAGCCAUAGUCGCUGUUCUAAAAUAAGGCUACAGGCCAGUAAAGAAACGGCGAAAUAGGCAUAACGUAACAGUAUUAUGCCAUGUGCACGAACAGCUAACAAGUUAGCUCGCCAGCCAGCCUGAUUUGGGUAUAGUCGAUGGAAACUAGUUAGCCAGGUUGCUAGCCAGCUAAAAUGCUUCUCGAGGAUUUGCGACGUUGAUACAUAUGAACUGAGCUGAAUAUGGAGCUGUACUGGUACAUAAUUGUUAUAAUAUUCAUCAUCAUAAAGAUUUUCUUCUACAUCUGCUGGUACCGGUCACGCCAGCGGCAGCUUGCUGCUUACCUCAGCAACCCACGCAAUGCACAGAUUGUCAUUGUUGGAGGAAGGGCAUACCUGCACCAGAUGUGUGAGAGACAAAACACGUCAAUCUGGCCCAGCUGGUAUGGCAUCCAGGACGACAGCUCUGUCGGCGAGCCCUCUGCAUCCCUCCCGCCCGCGCCCUCGUACACUCAUCUGGACGUGCCUCCUCCAUACGAAGCCGUCUCGGGAUCAGAUGACCUGAAGCCUCCCCCAUACAGUGAGUGCGCCCAGGGCGAAGCCACGGGCGAAUCCCUGGCCGUCCCCAUCCUGGAUAGCUGUGACUCGUGCAGCAUGAGUGAUGCACCUCCCCCCUACACACCCUGUCCCACUGUAGCCAUGCCGCAGGAGGAGGGGACAGCCGCCCCGCACCCAAGGGCGGAGGAGGGACCCCCCGGUGUGAGUUCGUGCAGCUAGGCCCUCUCAGCCCCUGGAAAAUGCCAAGCUGCUGCUGUCUCACGAAGCCCACACAGACGACCAGACUGCACGUCCUCGCCAAGCGCCCCAGCCGUCCCGCUGUUCUGUUUAUAGGAUGUAAUGAGUGUGACUUCAGCUUGUACAUCUACAAAAAUUGAAUAAAGAUAGGAUUAUGAAACCGAGCAAGCUUUCCCAGGACAUUGACCCACUACAAAGGGAACAGAAAGCUUAGGCGGGGGGGAAAAAAGUUGAUCAGGCAACUUUAAAUAAUGCAGCGUGAAAUCUCAGCGGCCUAUUGACUGUUCUCACAAAGUUCAGCGCAGCACUACUCUUCACUGCUUUCAGUGAUUCAGUUAUCAAUAAUCUGACUUGUUUGACCACUGUUUUUUUUUUUUUUUUUAAUUUUCAAUUGCUUUUACUGUGGUGCGUCAUCGAGGCUGCUUAGAAGAUAAUUCUGUUACAGUGCUGUAAUCACUUGAAAAUAAGUAAUGUUAUACCAUUAUGGACAGAAGUGGGUCUUAUGAAGUAGUACAUACCUUUAGAAAAACUCACCAGUUGCCAAAUGUUUCAGUCAGUAACGCGUCAUAACCAACCACCAUAAUCUGUCAUACAUGCAUCUCUAGUCUUAAUGCCAAAAUUACUGUAAUUCAAGCAAGUUGUGUACUUCGAUUGUGUCAUUCUUGUACUCUGUAGGGGAUGCUUUGUGAUACCAGAACAUAAAAUACAGUUAUCCACAGGGAUAUACAUUCUGUUCCAGCUUACCUGUCGUGAAAGUGCCCAGGUUGUGUGGGAUACUUGUGAAUCUGUCAGCAAAUCGGUGCAUAGCUAGUCACUGGUUAUAUCUGAAGUAAACGCAGUGUACAAAGCCCUGCAUUUCCUUGUAAUUAUAGUGCUGUUUGAUACCAAUUUACUGGAAUAAUCAUACAUCUGUUCUUGCAGUAGCAGUACUUGUGAAUCGUACAAUUACUUGUCAGAAUGGUAGCCAUCUCUCAGCUAUUAGGAAGUUGCAUACUGCCUUGAGUAUUAUUUCAUAGGGCUAACAAAACAAACUGUUUUUCAUUCACAGCAUUUCAUAUCUUCAUGUGUAGAAAACGGAAAAGAGGAAGUCGGUGAUGUUGAACAGUGUCAGUGAAAAACAUCAAGCGGUAUCAGAUGUAUACUGUAGUAUGACAGGAUAACCAUUCAACAGUUCAACACUGAAUAAUAUGAUCAUUUGCUUGAUUUUCAGGGAAUUGUUUGUAAUCGGUUUUGGAUCAUUUGUGUCUAGAUGUGAAGCUGAACAUGUCUUAUUGUAAAAGUAAAACAAUUCCAAACUGAUAAUGUAGCUGGCUUGUGAUGGUUUUAACAUUGAUGCGAGUUGUGUUUGUAGGACGUUGUGGGAAAAGGGUGUUUUUAAUGGUGUGUUAUACUUGCAUUUAUUUUGAUUUUGGCAAAUACUCCAGAAUGAUGCCCUAAUGUGCUGAUGAGUUGCUAAUACCAGUGUAAUGGUAUUUUCAGUUUGCCACUUACAAAUGUAUGCAAAUUAUUCUUGUAUUUUUUAACUCAAAUAAUAUACUGUUUUAUAUUUCUGUAUGUGAAUGAACCGCAUUCAAACUGUUCCACAUUUAUUCAACAUAAUGUGGUGCAUAAAGGAAGAACAGUGGCUUUGGUUCAAAUGUAGUGAACAUGAAGUAACCUAUUAUGCCAUAAACAUUUUGGCUUAAAAACUAUGUGAGAAUACCACCUUUUUGGUGUCUUUUCUUAAUGUACAUUCGUUGAUUACUAAUCCAGUGUAUAAUAAUUGAAUUGUACAGGUGUAUAAAAGUGUUGUCUACCUUGACAAUUGUCUUGAGUUUUGUCUUGUUUGUUUUGUUUUCCUUUGCCAAGAUAAAUGUACUCAUUUCUGACUGUCCCUGAAAUCAAGUGUGUGGCAAAAUAUGACUGCACCCUUACAAAAUUGUAAAUCUAAAUUA